GCUAUCAUGGCGUUGGCUGUAAUAGAAAAAACCACCAGAAAAUGGCAUGAAAUUGAACGAGCCCUUACACAGGGGUUUUGUGGAGAGAGAGAACGUCGUUCUUUUGAAAACUGUGAAAGAAAUCUAGGAAGAAUUGAACAUUUGCUAUCACCCGACACAAACAAUGAACUCAAAAGCAGUUUGGCUCAACUGAAAACUCUAAUAGACGCAAAUUUCCAUCCUGGGGAAGACCGACGUUUCUCUGUCAGGCGCAUUAGUUCAGGGAGAAGAGGAAGACCCGCCAUUGAUGUUAGCAGAGAACACAUUGAAUUUCUGCUGAAGCAAGGCCAUACAAUAGCUAAAACUGCUGAAAUUCUGGGAUGCUCCUCAUCAUUUCUGUACAAGAAGUCAAAGUUGCUGGGUAUACCUGUUAGAAGUAUGCUGUCUGCAAUAGAUGAUGGUGAACUUGAACAACAUGUGAGGCAACUUCAGAGCCAAUAUCCUAAUUCUGGAAAUGAGAUGAUAAGAGCCCUGUUGCGCGCACAGGGUGUGCUUGUUACACGGUCCAUGGUGCGUGAGAUGUUGACACGGGUGAAUCCUACUGCUGCUGCAAGGAGAUGGAGCCGGACAGUAGCAAGACGUGUUUAUCAUGUACCUUACCCCAAUAGUUUGUGGCACAUUGAUGGGAACAUGCGCCUCAUAAGAUGGGGCUUUGUGAUUCAUGGUGCAAUUGAUGGAUACUCCCGUCUGAUUACUUACCUCAACUGCAGCACAGACAAUCGUGCCACAACAGUGCUUUCUCAGUUUUUGAAAGCAACAUGCCUCUAUGCCUUACCAUCAAGAGUCAGAUCUGACCAUGGCGGUGAAAACAUCCUUGUGGCUUUAUUCAUGCAUCUAGUUCAAGGACUUGAACACAGAGGUUUCAUAACCGGACAAUCAGUUCACAAUCAGAGAAUUGAACGCCUUUGGCGUGAUGUGUUUUUGCAUGUGUUGCAGCAAUUUUACCUUAUGUUCUACUCCUUAGAGGAUUCAGAGGUUCUAAACCCAGAUGAUGAUCUCCACAGACUUUCACUGCAUAUUGUUUAUCUUCCUGAGAUUCAAAAAAGACUGGAGCAGUUUAGACAGGCCUGGAACCUCCAUCCAUUGCGAACAGAAAAUAAUCGCACACCGACUCAACUCUGGACAGAGGGCAUGCUCAAAAACAUUGCAACAGACAGCACAGCUGUCAACAAUGUGUUUGGGGAAAAUCCCUACAGCGACCAAAACAUUGAUGUCAUCCUAGCGCAGUAUGGAAUUCAAGCACUGCCUACACUUGAUGAGGAAGAGUUCCCAGCUGUUAAUGUAGAGCCACUUCAACUCAUCCUCACUCAGCAACAACAGACAUAUGUACACAAUGCAAUCCAACACAUUUCUGAUCUAAAGAUAAAAUAUCAGGCUUGCUGUACUGCAAUUGUUAGUAUUUUGCAAACUCAGGUAUAGUCCAAAUUUCCAAGCCCAGAGACAAAAGUUUAUUGGCUGCAUAUAUUAUCCAGAACGGAAAGACAUUUUUACUUUCAACAGCUUUAAAUAAUAUUUUCUGUUCAAAUAAGGCAGUAUGGGCAGUGCAGCUGCAGCUGAUGGAGUUAAAGCAAGGUGUGCUAGAUUUGUGAAACAUCUUAAGGUUUAAAUGGAAUAUGAAUCAAUAAAAAAUAUUUAAAAAUGCAUGAAAAAAAAAUAAUUCAAUAUGAAUACUUGGGAAAAGUGGAAAAGGAUCUCACUAUUUAGAAUGGGAUUGAAAAGAUGAAUAAACUGGUAAUGUUUUAAAAAGACAUGGAAUGUUUAAUGGUUUGAAUGAAGAUUUUAGAUUAACAGUUAAUAAGGACAGAGGUUAAAUGCCAAAAAUACCUUUACAUCAAUCCACUAAUCAGAACAGAGACAUAUGGGGACAGGUUACUAUGGUAAGUAUGGUAUAUUUCACAAAUAAGGAUGUGUUUGUUAAUUAGUCGUAUUAUAACAUGUACCCUUGAUGCAUUUAAUUUAGAUGGUCUUAUUCUGACAAUAGGUCCUUGGUGUGUAUGCUGGCACAUGUCCUUAGAGUGCACGUGUCAUUAAAAUACAGGAUGCAUUUCUUAUAAAAAUCCUUGAAAAACACUGAAUAUGUGGUACACUGAAAUGUAGGUAAGGGGUGAAGUAUGUGUGGUGAGGACACAAACGUUUGUCUCUUGAACAGAGAUGUUUCUUAAAAGUUGAAGCACUCCAUUCAUAAACUGUGAUAAGUGUUCAAGAUAUGAGAGGUCACUGGUGGUGUAUGAAAGAUACAUGUUUUUUUUUUAAUAGAUAAGCAAGGGAUCUCCCACCAAUACCAAUAUUAAUCAGUGAAGGACACGAAACAUUGGUGGCAAGGGAAAAUAACAAGACAGGGACCCCAUUGGUCAGAGACAGUGGGUGAAAAAAUAACAAAAGGUAUAUAUAUUUGAGAACCUAGAAAGAUGUAGUUGGAACAGGCAGCUGACCGGUCUCAUGUUUGUUGUUGGUCAAUAAAUUGAACUUUGGCAUCUGGAAC